AUGCUAAUAAGCGAAGGCGUAAAGUAUGGCUACCAUGUCAACAGUGGGAAAUCUUGGUUAGUAAUUAAAGAUCCGUGUGAUAUAGAGAGAGCCACUGAAUUAUUUAAAAGUCACGACAUCAAGAUUACAUCCGAUGGUCAUAGAUUACUGGGAGCUGUCAUUGGAUCUACUUGUUUCAGAGAGGAAUAUGUUAAUAGCAAAGUCUCUACUUGGUGUACUGAGCUCGAAAAUCUAUGCUCUAUAGCGAAGUCGCAGCCACAUCCCGCAUACGCUGCUUUUGUGCAUGGUUAUAAGCACAAGUUUACUUUUUACAUCAGGACUAUUCCAAACGUGGCCCAUUUGUUCCAACCUGUAGAAGAAAUUAUUUGUUCGAAAUUUCUACCAACUAUAUUUGGCCAGGAUAUUUCUCAACUUGAUCGGGAAAUUUAUGCUCUACCCAUACGUAAUGGAGGACUGGGAAUACCACGUAUCCCAGAAGAUGCUGAUUUCGAGCGAAAUACGUCAAAACUGUUAUGUGCUCCACUAUCUGCUUUGAUCAUCAUUCAAGCAUGUAAUCAACUUCCACAAGACGUCGCAAUAGCCAAC